AUGUCCUCGCCCAGCGAAUCCGACUUCUCGCGCACCGUCCGCUCGCCACUGUCACAGCCCUUGACAACCGCAUCCUCCAGUGCGACCCUCGUCGAGCACUUCCGCGUAGGCAUGAGCUCCGCAACCCCCGCCGACAUACCUCCUGUACCCAGGGUCACCCAGACGACGGACUCCGACCCUACGGCAUGGACGCGGCGUCUCUCAUCGUCAUUCGGCAACAUCGCCGAGCAGAUCAGUGCCGCGUCGCAGGCGCUCGCCGCCGUCGAGGUUCCAGCAAGCAUCCCUGCUAAUGGUGAUGUCGCAAGCGCUCUCGCGCAUCUCACCGCCCGCCUUGAUGCCAUUGAAGAUACCCAAGUGCGCAUAGGGCAGGAGAUCGCGGGCGUGAGGAGGAGCUCCGUUACGCGGAGCGCAAAAGAGAAUAGUCUCGCCCGUACUGUGGAGGAGCUCCAGAAGAAAGUGGGCGAGCUUGCAGAGAUCAUCCGGCUAGACGCGCUUGUACAACCGCCUGCAGAAUGCCACUAUCACGAACCAGAAGAUGCCCGUCAAGCCAUUGGUCAUGGCGAACGGAAAGACACCCCCAAUUUCCCCGGCACGAAGGGCGAGUUCGAGCAUAUGACCAAGGAGCGAUAUGAGCAUCUACUGAAGUCGUAUAACCUGCCCAUCAAAGGGGAUACGGUCGCCAAAUGCGAAGCCGUUCGGGAAUUCCUUGGGCUGUCACAACCUAACAAGUAG